GAUCGGCCGAGGAGCCUGGGGUGGGAGCCCUCGCGGGAGGAUUGUUUGCAGAAGGACCAGUGGCAUGAUUGAGAGCACGCAGGCUGCGGAGGGGCAGAGAAAGACCCUCGUGAGAGCCCUUCCUUCAGCACCCUCUUCUGCACCCCGAAGCAUGUUUCGAUGGAGCACCAGCAGCGGGUCUGAGAAGGGGACCAGCAUCCUCUGGGGCUGUGAGCUUAAUCAGGGGAUGCCAACCUGGACCUUCAGACCCCAGAUAGAGGGGAAGCACGACUGUAGGCUGUUGCUGACUGCGAUUUGCUUGGGGGAGAAAGCCAACAAGGAGAUGAAUCUUGUGGAAAUCAUACCCCCGGUGAACCAGAUCAAGAAGAUAAAGCCCGUUACCAUUGCCUCUCUCCACAUCUCCAUCCUACCAAUGGUGUCCUUUGUGGGCUUGGAGUUCACCCCACCCGUCACGUUUCAGCUCCGGGCUGGCUCUGGGCCCGUGCUCCUCAGUGGGCAGGAGUAUUACGACACGCCAGACCUUAGCUUGGGAGAUGAGGAGGAGGAAGGAGAGGAGGAAGAUAGCAGUGGUGACGAGGAGGAUGAUGAUGACGACGAGGAGGAGGAGGAGAAAGAAACUCUGUUCUCGGACGAAGAGGAGACGCCCGUGAAACAGUCGAAGAGACCGGCACCGCAGAGGCAGAUGAGUGCUGCUAAGAGAAAAAAGCUGGAGAAGGAAGAGGAAGCCACGAGGUCCAGUGCUAAAGACAAGAGCCCAUUGAGAAAGGCCAAGCUCACACCCAAAGCUAAGAAGGCUGUAUCCAAGAAGUGAGGCCCCAGGAACAGACUGGAGCAGUGGCCACCACGCUGGUUGGGCCUUUCCUGGCCCCAGUUCCUCUCCAUCCCUGAGUAUGGAUGUGAUGGGGUCUUGAAGGUCAAGACAAAAAGUCGUCGCCCCCCCCCCCUGCCCCCACACCCUCCGCUCUCCAGUCCCAGCAGGACUAGGAGAGAAGAGCCCAAACCCACAAUAAAGUUUGCUUUAUCAAGA